AUGGCGGUGCCGCUGCGGGAUCGGCUGAGUUUCCUGAGCCGGCUGCCGGUAUUGCUGCGGGGCACGGCCGACGACGACACCCCCUGCCCUGGGUACCUGUUCGAGGAGAUCGCCAAGAUCUCCCACGAGUCCCCCGGGAGCAGCCAGUGCCUGCUGGAGCAUCUCCUCACACGGCUGCAGAGCAGCUCCUGCCACGUCAAGUUGAAGGUGCUGAAGAUCUUGCUGCACACCUGCUCCCAGGGCUCCCCUCAGUUCGUCCUGCAGCUGAAGCGGAACGCUAACUUCAUCCGGGAGGCUGCAGUGUUCUCCGGGCCCCCAGACCCCCUCCACGGCAACAGCUUGAACCAGAAGGUGCGGGCGGCUGCACAGGACCUGGCCAGCAUUCUGUUCUCGGAUGCGCCGCUGCCGCAGCCCCUGGCGCUGCCCGCCCGGCCCGCGGCCCCCGCCGGGAUGGGCUCCAGCCCCAGCCCCUGUGGCUCCCUGCAGGGAUUCGGCUUCAGCAGCGACAAAAGCGGCUCUGCUUCCACAGGAGAGGCUCUGCUGAGCAGCCUCCAGCGAGCGGCCGAGGCUGUGGCCCAGGCUGUGCUCCCGGCACCGGGGGAGCCCCGGCGGCUCCGUGGGGACCUCCCUGAGGACACCUACGAGCCUGUCCGAGCUCCAUCCCCCGCCAGCAGCCCGGCCGUGCCACCCCCGACCCCUCCCGCGCCGCGUGGCAGCACUGUCCCUGCAGUGAGCCACCAGCCCGGGCUGGCCGGGGGCGGCUGGGAGGAGGCAGACAGCGGGCACAGCUCCCGGGAAUCCUCGCAGGGCAACGAGCGGAGCCGCACCUCGGACUCGGGCAGCAAAUCCGGCAGCGACAGCCGCUCCGGGGCCAGCCGGGAGCUGAGCCACGGGGCUGAGAGGGUAGAUGCUGACAGCCCGGGUGACUGCCGGAGGGAGCUGAGCCUGGUGUCGGGACUGACACGCGGGGCCAGGGUCUUCCUCACCAGGGAGGAAGCUCAGCACUUCCUCAAGGAGUGUGGGCUCCUGAACUGUGAGGUGGUGCUGGAGCUGCUGGGCCGGGCACUGGAGGAUCCCAGUGACAGCGUCCGCAUGAGGUCCAUGUGUGCCAUCUCUGCCCUCGGCUGCUCUGACCUGCUCUCCCCAGAGCAGAUUUUUGCUGUGACCCAGCAGCGCCUCCAGCACCUCAGCCAAGGCAGCCCUGGGCCUGUGGCCAACCGAGCAACAAAGAUGCUGCGGCAGUUCGAGGCACUGUGCCGGGCCCAGCCCUCCCCGAGGGCUCCACGCCCACCCUCAGCCCCCUCGGUGGGCUCGGCUGGGGACCUGCUCAUGGACAUCCCAGCCCUGGCCAGCGAGAGCUUCCUGACCCCUCUGAGCCCGGCCCCGACCCCUGCAGCCCCCACGGCCCCCAGUGAGGAGCCAGGGGUGGCAUCAGAGCCCCCUGGGCAACCCGGGGCCGCAGUGCCAGCCUGUCCCUGCGAGCAGGACGGGGGCAGCAGGCUGGCAGGGGACACGGCAGCCCCCAGCCUGUCCCUGUUUGCUGGCAUGGAGCUGGUGGCCCCUCCUGGCACAGUGCUCCGGCCACACUCGCCGCCAGUGGAGCCACAGACGCCAUCCCAGCCCCAAGAUGGGGGCACGGACACCGAGGGCACCCUGCAGCCAUCGGCCUUCGCCUUCCUCAACAUGUAG